CGUUUUUGAGUAAAAGUGCAAAUAGUUUAAAGUAAUGUCCAACAACAAUGGUUUUCUCCCCUUACCUAAAGGACUAUCAACAAUUGCCAUCCACGAAGGCCAAGACCCUGAUAAGAGGACCAACAGAGAAGUGGUGAUUCCAAUUUCCAUGACAACAACCUACAAGCAAGAAGCCCCGGGAAACUACAAAGAAUACGAAUACAUCAGACAUGGGAAUCCUACAAGAGACGCAUUGGAAAAAAUAAUAGCUAAGAUGGAAUGCGCAAAGCACGCAGCUUGUUUUAGUUCUGGCCUAGGCGCCAUAAGCUCACUUUUAACUUUGCUCAAACAUGGUGAUCAUUUCGUUUGUAUCGAAGACAUCUACGGUGGAACCAACAGAUUGUUUCUAGAAAUAGCCAGCAAUUUUGGGAUCGAGGUAACGUUUGCCGAAAACAACGUAGAUGCCUUUGAAAAGUGUAUAAGACCAAGCACUAAGAUGAUUUUUGUGGAAAGUCCCACUAAUCCAACACUUCAAGUUGUUGACCUAGAAGAGAUGGGAAAACUCGCUAAAAGACGAAAUUUGAUGUUCGUUGUAGAUAACACUUUCUUAACGCCGUUUUUCCAGAGACCAAUAUCAUUUGGAGCCGAUGUUGUGGUGCAUUCUUUGUCGAAGUACAUGAACGGACAUUCCGAUGUUUGUAUGGGUGCGCUGGUCACCAACGACGAUAAACUGGGUGAAAAAUUUCAUUUUUUCCAGAAGGCUAUUGGCGCAGUACCUUCGCCGUUUGACUGCUAUCAAAUAAUCAGGAGCUUGAAAACGCUGCCGUUGAGGAUGAAACAGCAUUUCAAGAACGGUCUUGCUGUAGCGGAAUACCUGGAGAAACAUCCUAAAAUAGAAAAAGUCAUGCAUCCAGCUCUACCCAGCCAUCCUCAGCAUGAGCUUGCCAAGAGGCAAUCUAGUGGUCAUAGCGGUAUAUUAUCCUUUUACUUAAAAGGCGACAUGGGGGCAUCCACGAAAUUCCUGAAUUCCCUGAAAUACUUCACCUUGGCCCCAAGCCUAGGAGGCGCUGAAAGUUUGGCAGCACUGAAUGUUCUGAUGACUCAUUCUUGGGUACCUGAGCAGCAGAGGAAGAAGCUGGGUAUCACGGACAAUUUGAUACGACUGUCAGUUGGACUGGAGGACGAAGAAGAUCUGAUUGCUGAUCUUGAGCAAGCUCUGAACAAUGUUUGAGAUGUUGAAAUUUUGACCCUCUAGAAAUAAAUAUUCUUGGUUGA